CGCCGCGCUGGGCAUGCUCAGUCGGCAGGGCCGCUUCAGCGCUUGGAGUAGGAAGCUUGGGCUCUCCGGCCGAAAGGAGCCGCGGCGGGGGGAAAAUGGAGCCCUUCACGGAUGAUCGGCUUCAGCUCCCCAGGAAUAUGAUUGAAAACAGCAUGUUUGAGGAAGAACCAGAUGUGGUGGAUUUAGCCAAAGAACCUUGUUUACAUCCUCUAGAGCCUGAUGAGGUGGAAUAUGAGCCCCGGGGUUCACGACUGCUGGUGCGGGGUCUUGGUGAGCAUGAGAUGGAUGAGGACGAAGAGGAUUAUGAGUCGUCUGCAAAGCUGCUGGGCAUGUCCUUCAUGAACAGGAGCUCGGGCCUUCGAAACAGUGCAGCCGGCUACAGGCAGAGCUCAGAUGGGACUUGUUCAGUACCCUCUGCGAGGACCAUGGUGGUCUGUGCUUUUGUCAUUGUGGUUGCUGUUUCUGUAAUCAUGGUGAUUUAUCUACUGCCCAGAUGUACCUUUACCAAAGAAGGCUGCCAUAAAAAAAACCAAUCAAUGGGAUUAAUUCAGCCAAUUGCAACUAAUGGGAAGUUGUUUCCAUGGGCACAAAUCAGGCUUCCCACUGCCAUUAUGCCAGUACGCUAUGAACUUAACCUACACCCAAACCUAACCUCGAUGACAUUCAGGGGCUCUGUGACAAUUUCACUUCAGGCUCUUCAGGCCACAUGGAACAUAGUUCUUCACAGCACAGGCCAUAAUAUUUCAAGAGUGACCUUUAUGUCAGCAGUUUCAAGCCAAGAAAAACAAGUUGAUGUCCUGGAAUAUCCAUUUCAUGAACAAAUCGCCAUUGUUGCCCCUGAGGCCCUUCUUGAAGGGCACAAUUAUACCUUGAAGAUAGAGUAUUCGGCAAAUAUAUCUCGUUCUUACUAUGGGUUUUAUGGCAUCUCCUACACAGAUGAAAAUAAUGAGAAAAAGUACUUUGCAGCAACUCAGUUUGAACCCUUGGCAGCAAGAUCUGCUUUUCCUUGUUUUGAUGAACCAGCAUUUAAAGCCACAUUUAUCAUCAGGAUCAUAAGAGAUGAGCAAUACACUACUUUAUCAAAUAUGCCUAAGAAGUCAUCAGUCAUUAUGGAAGAUGGACUUGUUCAGGAUGAGUUUUCUGAGAGUGUGAAGAUGAGCACUUACCUGGUUGCUUUCAUUGUGGGGGAGUUGAAGAAUCUGAGUCAGGACAUAAAUGGAACCCUGGUUUCUAUAUAUGCUGUCCCAGAAAAGAUUGGUCAAGUUCACCAUGCCUUGGAAACAACUGUGAAGCUUCUUGAGUUUUAUCAAAACUACUUUGAAAUUCAAUACCCACUAAAGAAAUUGGAUUUGGUGGCUAUUCCUGACUUUGAAGCAGGAGCAAUGGAAAACUGGGGUUUGCUCACCUUCCGAGAAGAGACACUUCUGUAUGAUAAUAAUACUUCUUCAGUGGUGGAUAAAAAACUGGUUACUAAAGUCAUCGCUCAUGAGCUGGCCCAUCAGUGGUUUGGUAAUCUGGUAACAAUGCAGUGGUGGAACGAUGUAUGGCUAAAUGAAGGUUUUGCUACUUUCAUGGAGUAUUUCUCUUUGGAAAAAAUAUUCGGAGAGCUCUCCAGUUAUGAAGAUUUCUUAGAUGCUCGAUUUAAAACCCUGAAGAAAGAUUCCUUGAAUUCAUCUCAUCCAAUAUCAUCAUUAUCUGUUCAGUCUUCAGAACAGAUUGAAGAAAUGUUUGAUUCUCUUUCCUAUUUUAAGGGAGCUUCUGUGUUGUUGAUGCUGAAAACUUACCUUAGUGAAGAUGUAUUUCAACAUGCUAUUGUUCUUUACCUGCAUAAUCAUAGCUAUGCAUCCAUUCACAGUGAUGAUCUGUGGGAUACUUUUAAUGAGGUCUCAAACAGAACACUAGACGUAAGGAAAAUGAUGAAAACCUGGACCCUGCAGAAAGGAUUUCCUUUAGUGACUGUUCAAAGAAAAGGAAAGGAACUUCUGGUGCAACAAGAAAGAUUUUCUUUAAAUACGAAGCCUGAAAUUCAGCCUUCAGAUGCAAGCUCUCUGUGGCAUAUUCCACUAUCCUAUGUCACUGAUGAAGGAAAUUAUUCAAAGUAUCGAUCAGUAUCAUUACUGGACAAGAAAUCAGUUGUCAUCAAUCUCACAGAAGAAGUGAAGUGGAUCAAGGUCAAUACAGACAUGACUGGCUAUUAUAUUGUACAUUAUGCAGACAACAACUGGGAAGCACUGAUCAAACAGUUGAAAAUAAAUCCUUAUGUCCUGAGUGACAAAGAUCGAGCCAACCUCAUCAACAACAUCUUUGAACUUGCAGGCCUAGGCAAGGUGCCUCUUCAGAGAGCUUUUGAUUUGAUUGAUUAUCUUAGAAAUGAGACCUCUACUGCACCCAUCACGGAAGCCCUGUUCCAGACGGAACUCAUCUAUAACCUUGAAGAACUGGGGCACAUGGAUCUGGCCUCAAGACUGGUGAACAAGGUAUUUAAAUUGCUUCAAAACCAAAUCCAACAGCAGACGUGGACUGAUGAGGGCAGCCCAUCUGUUCGGGAACUGCGCUCAGCCUUGCUAGACUUUGCUUGCACCCACAGCCUGGAGAACUGCAGCACUGCCGCCAUGAAGCUGUUUAACGACUGGAUGGCAUCCAAUGGAACUCAGAGCCUACCCACUGAUGUCAUGACGACUGUGUUCAAGGUUGGAGCGAAAACUGAGAAAGGCUGGUCAUUCCUCUUCCGCAAAUAUGUCUCUAUAGGCUCUGAAGCAGAGAAGAAUAAAAUACUUGAAGCUCUUGCCAGCUCAGAGGAUGCACGGAAACUUUACUGGUUAAUGAAAACUAGCCUCAAUGGAGAUACCAUCCGAACACAAAAGCUGUCGUUUAUCAUUAGAACAGUGGGCCGGCAUUUUCCUGGACACUUACUGGCGUGGGAUUUUGUCAAAGAGAACUGGAGUAAGCUCGUACAGAAGUUCCAUCUGGGGUCCUAUACCAUACAAAGUAUUGUUGCUGGAUCAACUCACCUGUUUUCAACAAAGGCACAUUUAUCUGAGGUCCAGGCAUUCUUUGAAAAUCAGUCAGAGGCAACCUUUCGACUUCGUUGUGUCCAGGAGGCUUUGGAAGUCAUUCAGCUGAACAUCCAGUGGGUGGAAAAGAACCUUAAAACUCUGACGUUUUGGCUGUAGCAUGCAUACCUGCACCUCAUUCGGUCACCCAUUCAGACAGCUUGUUAACUUGGGCUCUGCUGCUUUUGCAAAAGCCAAGGUGAAACCAGGAUCGCUGCUGAGUUGUUUGCACUCUUAGGAGUUCUAGUUUGCUCAGGGCCCGUCUGUAUUUUUCAUCUGUCUUUUCUAAAAUGUCCUUGGGCAGUGUGUAGUUAUUACCAAAUUAUAUUCACCUACAUGCCAACCAUCUACAAAAACAAUGGGUAAUUUUCUACUCUGAAGAUAUUCAAAUGGAGAAAAAAUAUCUGUUUUGGAAUUCUGUUCUCUCUCUCAGUAUCUGGAAAGUGCUGACACCGUGAAAUAAGGAAAGAGCUACCAUGGGAGCCACCAUCUUUGCAGGCUGUUGGUUUAUUAGCCACUUGUUGCUUCUUGUUGAGAGAUGUUAUUUGAAUGUGGUUCAAAGUUAGCUUCAAAAAGUAUGGUAAUGAAGUUGACGAAGCAUGCAACCAUAGAGAACUGACCUCAAGUGUGCAGAUCUACUUUGACUGGCUGUUUUGAAUAAUCCUUUAUUUUCUGGAAGAAGUUUGUAACUAUUAUAUUUUUUUUCUGAAGAAUAGCCAGGUGCUACAGAAUUUUUAAUUUUUUGUUGUAUUGUAAAGCUAAAUAACAAGGCCAAAAGAUUAAAUUUUCCAAAUAUUUAACACUUCCUUUUUCAUCUUUCAGGAAAAUAUUUCAAACCGAGUUAACGUUAAUUAUAAUUAUUUUACUUAUGAAUUCCAGUAUUCUCCAAACC